AACACCUCUAGAAUUCUGUGGUUCUGUAAUACAUGGUAUUUUUCCAUGUAAAGAUGAAGCCCUAGACAGAGAAAUAUAGUAUACUCUUCAUUAACUAAAAGCCACUAAAGGGAACUAAAAUUUCCCUUUUUAAUAAUGAACUAAAAGAUACUGGGAAUGCUUUAAAACUCCUAGCAUAAUUCAUAAAGAGGUGUGGAAGACUUGUAAUGUGUCUGGUCAAAAUACAUAUGGGUGAAUAACCACAUGAAAAAAAUUCAUUAAUCAAUAUUCACCCAGAGCAGUGUUUCCCAAAUUGAAUGGCUAAGAUACAAUUUGUUAGAUAGUGAGAAGUGCUUUUAAACAGGUGGUUGGGCCCUGGAGGAUCAGUUAGACUUAACGACUUGCUUCCAAAGAAUAGAAUGAUAAUAUUUAUUACUAUGAUGGAAAGCUAGAAAUAAUAAUUUUACAGUAGGGAAAGCCUGAGUAAUACUACUUAACCAAAUGACCAAGGUUAAAGUCACCAGUGAUGGCUCAUAUUGUAGUGUGCCUUUAAAUUUUGCAUCAGAUGGGCCCGCCGACCACAUCCUAGUAUCAAGUCCUCUGAUUGGUCAGGCCUUCAAAGCCCUGCCCCCAAGUCAAACAACAGUUCCCUCUGUAACAGCUGCUUAGCUAAGGCCUGGCGACAUAGUCCGUUGGUCAAGAGCCUGAUGAGAGAGGCCUCGGACUACAUCGUCUUCCAACUCUAGGUAGGCAAGAGGCCAAUACCAAUCUCACCAUUACUCAGCAAUGGCCUGGGCCCAGAGAAAAUGGAAGAGCCUAAUCCAAGAGAUUUCAGAGCCGGUCGGGACGACAGAGGUAGUGCCAGUGGCGGCGGUGGUGGCAGAGGCGGUGGCAGUGGCGGCGGCGGCAGCAGAGGCAGGGGCAGAAGCGGCAGGGGCAGGAGCUGCUACGUGGAGGUCUUCGGCCCCCGAGAACCACCUCUGUGCUUUAAAUUAAAUAACAACAUGAUUGGUGUGGUGAUUGGUCGUGGUGGAUCCAAGAUAAAAGACAUCCAGAGUACGACCAGUACCAAAAUACAGAUCAUGAAAGGCGAUUCUGAAGCAGAGGUGAAAAUUUUUGGUACCAAGGAUACGAAAGCAAAGGCCAAGGCGGCUAUAGAAACUCUCGUUAAAAAACAAGAACGAAGCUACACUUCAGAAUCCAGUGUUGAUAAUGCUGGCCCUGAGCCCUUUGUGGGACGAGAUUUUCACACAGAUACCACUGGUAGACAAGUUCAGCCACUGAUAGAGUGGGAUCAGGUCAGGGCAGAAGUCGUAGAGUGGGAAAAAAGAAAAUGGGCAGAUUUACCACCAAUUCAGAAAAAUUUUUAUGUAGAAUCCAAAGCAACAAGGUCAAUGUCUCGAGUUCAGGUAGAUAUGUGGAGAAAGGAAAAUUUUGACGUAAUGUGUGAUGACUUGAAAGAUGGUGAAAAGCGUCCCAUCCCCAAUCCCAUCUGUAAAUUUGAGGAUGCUUUCCAACCCUAUCCUGAACUUAUGAAAAACAUUAGAAGAGCUGGUUAAAACCCAACGCCAAUUCAGUCACAGGCAUGGCCAAUUAUUCUACAAGGAAUCGAUCUUAUAGGAGUUGCCCAAAUGGGAACAGGCAAAACUUUGCCCUAUUUAAUGCCUGGGUUUAUUCAUCUCAAUAAUCAACCAGUAUCGAGAGAGGAAAGGAAUGGACCUGGCAUGCUGGUCCUUGCACCCACUAGAGAAUUAGCUCUUCAGGUGGAAGCUGAAUGUUCUAAGUAUUCAUACAAAGGUCUUAAAAGUGUUUGUAUAUAUGGUGGUGGGAAUAGAGAUCGACAAAUACGAGACGUUACCAAAGGAGUAGACAUCAUUAUUGCAACUCCUGGACGACUGAAUGAUCUGCAAAUGAAUAAGUUUGUCACCCUACAAAGCGUAACCUACUUAGUCCUAGAUGAAGCAGAUAAAAUGCUAGAUCUGGGGUUUGAACACCAGAUAAUGAAGAUUUUAUUAGAUGUGCGCCCAGACUGCCAGACCAUUAUGACAAGUGCAACCUGGCCAGAUACCAUUCGUCAACUUGCUCAAUCUUAUUUGAAAGAGCCUAUGAUUGUUUAUGUUGGCACUCUGGAUCUAGUUGCUGUAAAUACAGUGAAGCAAAUUGUAAUUGUUACCACAGAAGAAGAAAAACGAUCUCUUAUCCAAGAAUUCCUAGAGAGCCUGUCACCCCAAGACAAAGUCCUCAUCUUCGUCAGCAGAAAACUUGUCGCUGAUGACUUAUCCAGUGAUUUAGGCAUACAAGGUAUCCCUGUACAAUCACUGCAUGGUGACAGAGAACAACAUGAUCGUGAACAAGCACUAGAGGACUUUAAAAUCGGACAAGUGAAAAUAUUGAUUGCUACCGAUUUAGCAUCCAGAGGUCUUGAUGUUAAUGAUGUCACCCAUGUGUAUAAUUAUGACUUCCCCCGCAAUAUCGAAGAAUACGCACACAGAGUGGGGCGUACUGGAAGAGCAGGGAAGACUGGCAUAUCGAUUACCCUCAUGACUCAAAAUGAUUGGAAGAUUGCCACUGAAUUGAUUAAAAUUCUGCAACGAGCAAAUCAAAGUGUCCCCAAAGAUCUUAUAACAAUGGCCGAACAAUACAAGUUACAUAAGCAAAAAAAGGACGCAGGAAGAAAAUCAAAAUCUCGUGAAAAACCCAAGGAGUCUUGUUGAUAUCUACGUUGAAAAGUCGUACUACACUACCUGAAGAUUGAAGAUAUGUUAAAGAUCUAUAAUAUUCAAGAUACAUC